CUUUGGAGGAGACUUCGACUUUUGAAUGUCACUUCGCAUGUUCAUGGAUCCCAAUGCAAUAGCAGCAAUCGGAGAGUCGUCGCUGAAGCUCAGGGCGGCGGCCGUGGCCUUUAUGCCCAUCACCGCAGUAGCGCUGUCGUUGCGCUUGUUAUGUUUCUAGUAUUUUGUGGAUUCGCCAUCCAGUUGAUCAAUCUUGAGCAUGACCCGGCCACGUUAGUAGCCAUAUCUGGAGGCAUCAGAACAGCAUUAGCAGCCAUUGAGAAGAUCUAUACGGUAAGUUGGCAUGCUAUCAACAAAACCGUCAGCUGC